GAUGCUAGUGAAUUAUCUCACAAACCAACUCUACCUCCGUCUCCGCCUUUGAAGCCCUAAUGUCAGCAGCCGUAUAACACUGAGCUUUUUUCUCUCUCCCAAUCGGAGAUGAAACGGUGUCGACAUGAGGACAGGAUCAGUGAGCUUCCGGACGCUCUGCUUCUGCAGAUAUUGUCUUCGAUUCCGACAAAAGAUGCUUUCGCCACCAGUGUUUUGUCCAAACGGUGGCGGUCUCUUUGCAAGAUGAUGCCGAAUCUCGAGUUUUGCUACCGUGGCAGUGGUGUCGAGAGGUUUUCAGACAAUGUCUGUAGGUGUUUGUUCUCGCAUCAGGCUCCUGUUCUUCAGAGUUUGCAUCUCCAGAUGAAUUUUGAAAAGGAUUCCACUAUGGAUAUUGGAGUGAUGAUUGGGGUUGCAGAGGCUCACACUUACUUCUGAAAAUGAAAGUGAUAAUUGUUUUACGGAAUAUGUGAUAAAUGCUCCCUCUUUGAAACACCUGGAGAUUAAUGGAGUAAUGGAGGAUGACUCUGCUUGUCUGAUUGAGAAUAUGCCUGAGCUUUUGGAGGCACAUAUUAAUGUGUGUGGUGUAAUCUAUGAGAACGUUCAUGGGUCUCUCACUUCAGUCAAACGCCUUUUUUUGGAUAUUACAUCGCCCUUAGACCUGACCAAGUUUCCCACUAAUAUAAUCUUCAAGCAGCUGGUGUAUUUGGAGCUACAUACAUAUGAACCAGAGUGGUGGUAUCUGUUUAUGCUCAUGCUCGAUAGUUCUCCUAAUUUGCAAGUCCUCAAGCUCUUUAGUUAUUGGGUUAGGGACGGUCCGGACAGAGAUCGUGUGGCCUAUGAGAGAUGGACGCCACCGAAUUAUGCUCCUGAAUGUUUGUGGAACUGUCUCGAAACAUUAGUUUGGGAAAAUUACCAAGGGGAAAUGGAAGAUGAGAAAGAGGUGGCCCAGUACAUCCUAAGGAACGCAAGUCGUUUGAAAACAGCUACUUUCUCCAGAACUGACGUUCAUCCAGUAAAGAAUCUCGAGAUGUUCAAGGAAUUGGCGAGUGUGGUCAGGGCUUCCAACUCAUGCCAGCUUGUGUUCAAAGAAACUGAUAUCUUACGGAAGUACUACAAGCUUAUUACAUUUCUAGGUUUAUAAGGGUGUUGUAUUGUUUUUCAGAUGCUGAGUUUUACUAUGUAGCCUAUGUUUAACCGUUUCCGAAGUAAGAAAUUUAUUUAGUACCGUAAUGUGAUACAAUUUUUGUGUGUUUGUGAUUUGUUUUUUUCUAGCCA